AUGCUUUCCGCAACUUUCGGCACUUUAGGAACAUCAUGUGGUCGGGGCUUCCUUCAGCGUCAGGGGUUACUUACAACCUUUAUGGGCCGCUUUUGUCACAGUGGAGGCGGUGGUAAUAAUCAAAAUAACGAUAGCAGCAACAGUGGCAACGAUGGGUCCUCAACUCCAGGAGCAAUCCGCGUCAAUGUGACAACCGCUGAGGGGGAAAAGAUUACAUUCUCUGCCCCAAGUGGUUUAACAUUGAUGGAGGCGCUUCGUGACGUUGCUCGGGUGGACAUUGAAGCCGCCUGCGACGGGACAUGCGCCUGUAGCACUUGUCACGUCAUCCUUCGCGAAGAGGACUUUGGGAAACUGACAGCGGCAUCGGAGGAUGAAAUGGACAUGUUGGACCUCGCGCCGCAGGUGACUCCGACGUCGCGGCUCGCGUGCCAGGUAAAGCUCAGCAAAGAACUUGAUGGGAUUACGCUGCAGAUGCCGAGUGAAACAACGAAUGAAAUGCGGUGA